CGGCUUGUGCGCUAGUAUCUUUGCAUAAAACUGCAUGCACGAAAACAUGGGGGAGGCAGUGGAAAGUAAGAGGGUCGCCGCAGCGUUCGCUGCCGUAGUUGCCACGCUGCUGCUGCCGCCGCCGUUCGGCGGCGCGGCGGCAGCUGCUCCAAACUGCACCAGGAGCUGCGGCAACAUCAGCGUCCCGUACCCGUUCGGCAUCGAACCCGGCUGCUACCACGCCACCUGGUUCAACCUCACCUGCGACCUCUCCUUCCGGCCGCCGAAGCUGUUCCUGGGCGACGGCACCGUGCAGGUGCUGGAGAUCUCCGCCCCCAACGCCACGGUGCGCAUCAACAGCAGCCGCGUGGAAUUCGCGAGCCGCGGCGGCGGUGACGGCCGCGCCAUGAACGGGACAUGGGGGCUCGGCCGCCUCCCGCAAGACGGGCCCUACUUCCUGUCGGAGGACACAAACAUGCUGCUGGUGGACAGCUGCAACGUCCAGGCCGUCGUCCGGGGAGGAGAGGAGAACAGCUUGGUCGCUUCUUGCAGCUCUGUAUGUCCGCCGGCUUACCAAGAUGGUAAAUACUUUGGAUAUCUUGUGGGGGUUCGUGGCGGCUGCAUAGGCAUUGGAUGCUGUCAGGCAAACAUCUAUAUAGGCUAUUCUUUCUACAGCAUCCAGAUCAACAAGCUUGAUGGAUCAUUUGAUCCUGCUGGUCCAAACGCAACAGAUUCGAUCUACAUAGUCGACCAGGGUUACAAUUAUAGCAUUAGUGAUACCGCGGUUCCUGAAACCAGGCAAACGCUAAACUGGAUGAUAGCUUAUAACAUGACAUGUCCUACAAAUGCGUCUGCCCCAGAAUGCCGCAGUGCCUACAGCUCUUGCCUAAACACGUCAGAUUAUGCCAUGGGUCCUGCUAAAGGGUACAAGUGCCAGUGCUCUCAUGGCUAUCAAGGCAAUCCUUACAUCGCCGAUGGAUGCAAAGAUGUGGAUGAGUGCAGUUCUCCAGAGAGCUACCCUUGCUACGGCAAAUGCACGAACACGCAGGGAAGCUUUAUCUGCCAGUGUCCUCAUGGCUUCGAGGGCAAUGCUUCAGUCCCAAAUGGAUGCCAAGACAUAGAUGAGUGUCAGAACAAGGAAUCACAUGGCUGCUACGGAGAGUGCAAAAAUUUCCCAGGAACUUUUCAAUGCCAAUGCCCUAAUGGAACCUACGGAAAUCCUUUCACAAAAAAUGGGUGUCUUAUUACAAUAACAAAGAAGAAUUCCCUCACAGGUUUAAGCAUCGGGCUAGGAGUAGGCGGUGGAAUAAGUCUUUUGCUAGCACUCGGGACCCCCUUCAUAAUACGUAAAAUCAAACUGCAGAGGGUGAAAAACAUGAGAGAUAAAUUUUUCAAUCAAAAUCAUGGGUUAUUAUUGCAGCAGCUAGUAUCACACAAUGCGGACAUUGGAGAAAGGAUGAUUAUUACAUUAAGGGAGCUAGAGAAGGCUACAAAUAAUUUUGAUAGAGCACGUGUGAUUGGUGGAGGGGGUCAUGGGGUUGUGUUCAAAGGAAUGAUAGAUCUAAAGGUCGUGGCAAUCAAGAAAUCAAGGAUUUUAGUACAAAGAGAAAUUGACGAAUUCAUAAAUGAAGUUGCUGUUCUUUCUCAAGUGAACCAUAGAAAUGUGGUGAAACUAUUAGGAUGUUGCCUCGAGACAGAAGUUCCACUUUUAGUUUAUGAGUUCAUCUCAAAUGGAACCCUUUACCAAUAUCUCCAUGUUCAAGGACCAGUAUCAUUACCAUGGGCUGACAGAAUAAGGAUUGCACUAGAAGUGGCUAGAGCUCUAUCCUACCUGCAUUCAGCUGCUUCAAUGCCCAUAUUUCAUAGAGAUAUUAAGUCCGCCAACAUACUUCUUGAUGACAGUUUAACAGCAAAAGUAGCCGACUUUGGAACUUCAAGAUACAUCCCAAUUGAUCAGACUGGAGUAACUACAGAGGUUCAAGGAACAAAGGGUUACCUAGAUCCCUUGUACCAUUACACAGGUCGACUAACAGAUAAGAGCGAUGUUUUUAGUUUUGGUGUUCUUCUUAUCGAAUUGCUAACUAGAAAGAAACCAUUCGUCUAUCGAUCCGAACAUGGUGACAACCUUGUUUCACAUUUCAGAAAGCUCCUCUCAAUAGGUAACCUUGUUGGCAUCAUAGAUGCUCAAGUCAUGGAAGAGGAAGAUGGAGAAGUCCAGGAAGUAGCUGCAAUAGCAGCAAUGUGUACUAAAUUGAGGGGAGAAGACCGGCCAACAAUGAGAGAAGUGGAGACAACACUUGAAAGCAUACUGGUUAAGAAGAAGCAGGUUCCAUGUGUUACUACAAGAAGAAGGCAUGAUGAGGUUGAAGCUCCGGUUCACUACAUGUCAGUUGAACUGGUUAGUAACGAAUCGAGCAGGCAACACACUAUUAAAGAAGCCAAUACUAGUGAAGCAAGCAGGCAAUAUACUAUGGAAGAGGAGAUAUUGUUGUCGGAAAGCUACCCCCGGUGAAGUUUGUACGACAAUGAACUUCAUGCUUGUUCUGUGAUUUUUUUGGUAUAUGCAUUUGCUUUAUGGUUGAUCUCAGAUAUAUAUUUUCUUUCAUGGAUACUAUAAAGUAGUAUUGUGUGUCCAGCGUAAAUUUUUGUUAAUUUGUUUUCACUUUUGCUGUAAUGAACACGAAGUUAAAAGGAGAGUAAUGGAUGUCUCCUUAAUUAUGGGAUAAUGCCGUAAUUGUAUUCUCCAGGCCUGUGUGUGCAUGUAAUAAUGGAGCAAGGUACUCUGCAGCUGAAGGCACAUUCCAA